CUGGCGGCAGCCGGCCUGAGAUUCUCCUCCUCUCUGCUGCCUCUCGAAGGGUUUCAUUACUUUCCAGAGGGGAGGGGAGAGAGCCGGCUCCCAGUCGCGGCCGCGGACUGACCCCGGAUUUAAGUAACUCUUCCCCCGAUGGAUCUGAAGGACAGCACCAGCGAGGGCAGCAUGGGCAGCCUGCAGCCCUCCAGCAUCCAGAUCUUUGCCAACACCUCCACGCUCCACGGGAUCCGGCACGUCUUCGUCUACGGGCCGGUGACCGUCCGGCGCCUGCUCUGGACCUUGGCCUUCGUGGGCUCCCUGGGUCUGCUGCUGGUGGAGAGCUCGGACCGGGUGGCUUUCUACUUCUCCUACCAGCACGUCACCAAAGUGGACGAGGUGGUGGCCAACAGCUUGGUCUUCCCUGCGGUCACCAUCUGUAACCUCAACGAGUUUCGCUUCUCCCGGCUCACCACCAACGACCUGUACCACGCCGGGGAGCUCCUGGCGCUGCUGGAUGUCAACCUGCAGAUCCCCAACCCCCACCUGGCCGACCCGGCCGUCCUGGCCAUCCUCCAGGAGAAGGCCAACUUCAAGCAGUACAAACCCAAAGUUUUCAACAUGCAGGAGUUCCUGGCCAGGGUUGGCCACGACCUGAAGGAUAUGAUGCUGUACUGCAAGUUCAAAGGCCAAGAGUGCAACCAUGAGGACUUCAAAACUCUGCCACUGGAUGGGACUAACAUGAAUCACCAAACACCACAGCUAUGUGGUGUGGCCAUGCAGGGAGGAGGAGGAGCAUUGAACCUGAUGCUUGUCACCAUCCCAAGCUUGGACCAGCCAUCCCAAAGAGGGAUGCCACUAUGGGCAUCUCUGCCAUGGGCACUGCCCAGCAGGUGCCAGCUGCUCAGUCACUGCCCAUGAGAAGAGGACAGUGGUUCAGGAGUGGCUGCAUGAGGAGGAGAGCAACCCCCAGCACUGAAUGCCUCCUGGCCCUGUGAAGAAUCAUUUCACAGCCUGUAUUUUAAAGGAGAGAACACUAGACCCAGUUUUGGAUUUCAGACAGCUUUUGGAUGGCAUCCUCCCCUAUUCCCCCAAAGAUUUGGCAUCUCUAGGUUAAGAAAUGCCCCAAAGUUACUUUAAAAAGCCCAACCAAGCAAACAAUAGCAAAAGCAAGACCUCCUCCACCAGCUUGCAGAAGAGCCAGCUGCUGCACAACUGACUUAAAACCUUCAUGUCAGAGCAUUUCCCAAGCACAGCUCCUCAGCAUCGUUUGUCUGGCCUCCAAAUUGCCAACACUGCAACCCUCCUGAGGGCAUCCCUCUGGGCCUCAUCUCAGUGGCUGGAGUAGGAUCUCUUGCAUUGUCACUGAU